CCUCUCGGCCUUAGUUAUGAUGGAUUUUUGUCUUCGGACACAUGCCCACCCUCGAGGGGGUGUUCGUUACAUGCGACGAUCCAGCCUCUCAGCCUUAGUCAUGAUGGAUUUUUGUCUUAGAACACUUGCCCACCCUCGAGGGGGUAUUCGUUACAUGCAACCAUCCAGCCUCUCGGCCUUAGUCAUGAUAGAUUUCUGUCUUCGAACACAUGCCUACCCUCGAGGGGGUAGUUGUUACAUGCAACCAUCCAGCCUCUCUGCCUUAGUCAUGAUUGAUUUUUGCUUUCGAACACAUGCCCACCCUCGAGGGGGUGGUCGUUACAUGCGACCAUCCAGCCUCUCGGUUUUAGUCAUGAUGGAUUUUUGUCUUCAAACACAUGCCCACCCUCGAAUGGGUGGUC